AUGCCGGAGGAAACCGGUAACACCUGGAGGAAACCGGGAGCACCUGGAGGAAACCGGAGCACCUGGAGGAAACCGGAGCAUCUGGAGGAAACCGGAGCACCGGGAGGAAACCGGAGCACCUGGAGGAAACCGCUCACGGCCACGGACACUGAUCCAUUUCCACAGACGUCAGAAGCUGAAGUCUGUGGCCGCGAGCAGGAGUUCAGCUGCGUGGGAACAGAGUGUGAACUGGAGCUAACCCUGCUGUCCCUCUCCUCUGGUCCAUCUGCCCCCUCCCCAGAGUCCAUCUGCCCCCUCCCCAGGGUCUCUCUCCCGCCUCCUCUUCUCAAGGAUCUGCUGCUUCACUGGGAGGAGACUCAGAUCUCUCUCAAGUCUCAAACCAGAGCAGGACUAGACCCUGCAGGGACCAGACUCCAGUGGCAUUACGGACUGAGAUAA